AUUCGAGUUAAUUAAUAGCUUAAAAUACACAAACCUUGGCUUCUUUGUAAAAGCUUAUUAUAGUGAUGGCAUAUACAAGACCUCGGCGAGACAGCAUUAGAAGAUGAAACGAACACGAGGUAGUCCGCGUAAAACGUGCGAAAGACAGUUCGCAAGUGACAAGUUAACCACGAGGAUGGUUACCAGUGAAAAGUGCUACCUCGUUCUUGAGGAUGGCACUGUGUUUCCCGGCACGAGUUUCGGUGCUUACAAACAAAUCGAUGGAGAAAUUGUGUUUCAAACCGGUAUGGUCGGUUACCCGGAGUCGCUGACUGAUCCAUCUUACUGUGAGCAGAUUCUUGUGCUGACAUAUCCCCUGGUUGGCAAUUAUGGUGUGCCAAACAAGGAAAAAGACGAUCACGGUUUAACCAGAUGGUUCGAGUCGCACAAAAUCUGGGCUGCGGGUUUGGUGGUCAGCGAACACUGUAAUACGCCCAGCCAUUGGCGACAAACCAAAUCCUUGUCAGAUUGGAUGAAAGAAGAAGGCGUUCCAGGUAUCCAGAAUGUUGACACGCGUGCACUUACGAAAGUCAUCCGUGAGAAAGGCACGAUCCUCGGCCGAAUUCUUCACCAGCUGCCAGAGAAGGUCACUUCGUUGCCGCCAAUCGUCGAUCCCAACACACAGAAUCUUGUCGCCAAAGUUUCCAGAUCUGCAAAGAUAACAUACAACUCCGGCGGCUCACCCCGUAUCUGCGUAGUGGACUGUGGUCUGAAAUACAAUCAGAUCCGAUGUCUAAUUUCACGAGGCGCUCGCGUCGACGUUGUACCAUGGAAUCACAACAUACAAAACGAGGAAUUCGAUGGUCUCUUCCUAAGCAACGGUCCUGGAGAUCCCAGCACGUGCAAGCAGACUCUGGAGAAUCUUCAGAAGAUUCUAAACGCUUCGAAGAAGAAGCCUAUCUUUGGUAUUUGUCUUGGUCACCAGUUACUUUCACUUGCAGCUGGCUGCAAAAGCUACAAAAUGAGGUAUGGAAAUCGUGGCCACAACCAACCGGCAAUACAUCACGGUACAAAGCGCUGCUACAUGACAUCGCAGAAUCACGGUUUCGCUAUCGACGCCACCAAUUUACCCAAAGACUGGGAGGCUCUGUUUACCAAUGCGAACGACAACAGCAACGAGGGUAUUGUACACUCGAACCUUCCUUACUUCUCCGUACAAUUUCAUCCGGAACACACUGCUGGGCCGCAAGAUCUUGAAUGUCUGUUUGAUGUAUUCCUCGAUACCGUUAAACAGUCGAUUGCUGGAAAAUCAGAUGUAUCGAUAAAAGAUCGAUUGCAACAAAAGCUCACUUAUGUGCCGACAAGACCUGUUAUUGCUGAAAGACCUAAGAAGAUUUUGAUUUUGGGAUCUGGUGGAUUGAGUAUUGGACAAGCUGGCGAGUUUGAUUAUUCUGGUUCGCAAGCGAUUAAAGCACUAAGAGAAGAGCAUAUUCAGACUGUGCUAAUCAAUCCUAAUAUCGCUACUGUGCAAACGUCCAAAGGAAUGGCUGAUAAAGUUUACUUCUUACCUAUAUUGCCGGAAUACGUCGAGCAGGUUAUUCAAUCGGAACGCCCAGAUGGUGUACUUCUAACAUUUGGGGGUCAAACGGCGUUGAACUGUGGAGUCGAACUUCAAAAGCAGGGUAUUUUUGAAAGAUACGGUGUAAAAAUCCUUGGUACACCUAUCGAGUCAAUUAUCGAGACAGAAGAUCGUAAGAUCUUUGCUGACCGCGUCAACGAGAUCGACGAAAAAGUUGCUCCGAGUUGCGCUGUAUAUUCCAUCCAAGAAGCUCUCGAGGCUGCAGAGAAACUAAGUUAUCCUGUAAUGGCAAGAGCGGCUUUCUCACUCGGAGGCUUAGGUUCUGGCUUUGCGAACUCUAAAGAAGAGUUGAUUCAUUUGGCACAGCAAGCACUUGCUCAUUCUUCACAGUUGAUUAUUGACAAGUCAUUACAGGGAUGGAAAGAGGUAGAAUACGAAGUUGUUCGAGAUGCUUACGACAAUUGCAUAACAGUUUGCAACAUGGAGAACGUCGACCCAUUAGGAAUCCAUACAGGCGAGUCAAUCGUCGUAGCACCUAGUCAAACACUCUCAAAUCGCGAGUACAAUAUGCUGAGAACAACGGCUAUAAAAGUCAUUCGUCACUUGGGAAUCGUAGGCGAGUGUAACAUCCAGUACGCGCUUAAUCCUUUUUCCGAAGAAUUCUAUAUUAUCGAAGUAAAUGCCAGGCUGUCAAGAAGCUCAGCUUUGGCCAGCAAAGCUACUGGAUAUCCUCUUGCGUAUGUGGCUGCAAAGUUAGCAUUGGGAAUUCCAUUGCCUGAUAUCAAGAAUUUGGUUACCGGCAAUACCACUGCUUGCUUUGAGCCUAGCUUGGAUUACUGUGUGGUUAAAAUUCCGAGGUGGGAUCUGAGUAAAUUCCAGAGAGUCAGUACGAAGAUCGGCAGCUCUAUGAAGAGUGUAGGAGAAGUAAUGGCCAUCGGGCGCAAAUUUGAAGAAGCUUUCCAAAAAGCUUUACGCAUGGUUGAUGAGAACGUUCUUGGUUUUUGUCCGUACUUAAAAUCUGUGAACGAAGAUGAGCUUGAGAAACCAACCGAUAAGCGUAUGUUCGUUCUCGCAGCAGCCAUCAAAGCUGGUUACACCACUGAAAAAAUCUAUAAGCUAACAAAAAUUGAUAACUGGUUCUUGGAGAAAAUGCGCAAUAUUAUAGAAUAUCAAACUUUCAUGGAGAAUCUUGAGAAAUCAAAUUUAUCGAGUGAAGCGCUUCGCGGUGCCAAGCAAUUGGGAUUUUCCGACAAGCAAAUAGCCCUUGCGGUGGAGAGUACUGAACUAGCUAUACGUAAACGUAGAAAAGAGCACACCAUAUUGCCCUUUGUCAAGCAGAUUGAUACUGUCGCUGCUGAGUGGCCUGCUAGCACUAAUUAUUUAUAUCUUACAUAUAAUGGUACUACUCAUGAUCUUGAUUUCCCAACAGGAUACACUAUGGUUAUUGGAUCGGGAGUAUAUCGUAUUGGAAGUUCAGUCGAGUUUGAUUGGUGUGCAGUGAGUUGUCUACGCGAGCUUCGCAAUCUCGGCAGGAACACAAUUAUGGUGAAUUAUAAUCCCGAGACUGUGAGUACGGACUACGACAUGAGCGAUCGUCUUUACUUUGAAGAAAUCUCCUUUGAAGUAGUGAUGGAUAUUUAUGAUCAAGAAGUUCCAGAGGGUAUAAUUCUAUCGAUGGGAGGCCAAUUGCCCAAUAAUAUUGCCAUGGAUUUGCAUCGUCAGGAAGCGCGAAUCCUUGGCACUUCUCCCGAACAGAUUGACGGUGCCGAGAACAGAUUCAAGUUCUCGAGAAUGUUGGAUAGAAUUGGAGUUUCCCAGCCAAGGUGGAGAGAACUUACUGAUUUACAGGCUGCCGUUGAUUUUUGUCGAGAAGUUGGCUACCCUUGUCUUGUCCGUCCGUCUUACGUACUUAGCGGUGCUGCGAUGAAUGUAGCGCACUCUGAUAACGAUUUGCAAUCAUACCUGAAGAGCGCAGCCAAUGUUAGUAAAAAGUAUCCAGUAGUUAUUUCCAAAUUCAUCCUCGAAGCAAAAGAGAUUGACGUAGAUGCAGUUGCCUAUAAUGGAAAUAUUCUAUGCAUGGCUGUAUCUGAGCACAUUGAGAAUGCCGGUGUUCACUCUGGUGAUGCUACUCUCGUAACGCCACCACAAGAUAUUAAUGUGCAAACUCUGGAGAAGAUUAAGAUUAUUACCAAGCAGAUCGCUCAUAAUUUAGAAGUUACUGGUCCUUUCAAUAUGCAACUUAUUGCAAAGGACAAUGAACUGAAAGUUAUUGAAUGUAACGUACGUGUCUCACGUUCUUUUCCAUUUGUCUCGAAAACAUUGGACCACGACUUUGUCGCAAUGGCAACAAGAAUAAUCAUUGGAGAAAGUGUUGAGUCAGUUGAUAUUCUCAAUGGAUGCGGAAAAGUCGGUGUCAAAGUUCCACAAUUUUCAUUUUCGAGAUUGACAGGAGCGGACGUUAUGUUAGGAGUAGAAAUGGCAUCUACUGGAGAAGUAGCUUGUUUCGGCGAUAAUAGAUAUGAAGCUUAUUUAAAAGGCAUGAUGAGCACUGGAUUCCACAUCCCGAACAAAGGCAUCCUCUUAUCUAUAGGUACUUACAAGCAUAAAACGGAACUUUUACCGGCCAUAGUAAGUCUCCAAAAAUUGGGUUAUAAACUCUAUGCUAGCAUGGGAACAGCUGAUUUCUACUCAGCACAUGGAAUUGAGGUGGAACCAGUCAGAUGGACUUUCGAGAAUGUAGGAGAAACCGAAGAUUCUAGCCCAUGCGAAUUACGGAACCUCGCGGACUUUCUGUCGAAGAAACACUUCGAUUUGGUGAUCAAUCUGCCGAUGCAAAAUGGGGGUGCUCGACGUGUAUCCAAUUUCAUAACUCAUGGUUACCGUACGCGCAGACUUGCCGUCGAUUAUUCCGUUCCACUCGUCACCGACGUCAAAUGCGCUAAGCUUCUCGUCGAGGCGUUGCUGAAGCUGGAAGGCAAAUCACCACGGAUGAAGACGCACACCGACUGCAUAUCCUCUCGACGACUCUUACGGCUGCCCGGUUUCAUCGACGUGCACGUGCACGCUCGCGAUCCCGGCGCAACUCACAAGGAGGACUUUGAUUCCUGCACAGCCUCCGCUCUCGCUGGUGGCGUAACCAUGAUAUUCGCCAUGCCGAAUACCGAUCCCGCCGUCGUCGAUCAGGAGUCAUUCGCGAUUGCCAAAGCGCGCGCGAAAGCAUUGGCGAGGUGCGAUUACGCAUUGUACGCCGGUGCGGCGAUGGACAAUUACAAGAAAGUUGUUGAGAUCGCGCCUCAGUGUGCUGGCCUGAAAAUGUAUCUGAAUGAGACCUUCACCACGCUGAAACUCAACGAUCUCAGCGUGUGGAUUAAGCACUUUGAAAAUUGGCCGCACAAGUAUCCAAUUUGCGUGCACGCCGAGGGACAAACGACUGCCGCAGUUUUGCUGCUGGCUAAUUUGCACAAGAGGCCGAUACACGUGUGCCAUGUCGCCAGGAAGGAAGAGAUUCAAAUCAUACGGGCGGCCAAGGAGAAGGGUCUUGCUGUCACUUGCGAAGUCUGCCCGCAUCAUCUGUUCCUCACGCAGGACGAUUUGGACACGAUUGGCCACGGACGCGGUCAAGUCAGACCAAUUCUUUGCACGAAGGAGGAUGUUCAGGCUCUCUGGGAUAAUAUGGAUAUUAUCGACGUAUUUGCUACUGAUCACGCUCCUCACACGGUGGAAGAAAAAUCACGCGAGACACCACCACCGCCACCAGGUUUCCCAGGUCUCGAGACUAUUCUGCCUCUGCUGCUGAACGCCGUGAACGAAGGCAAACUCGAGAUAGAGGAUAUCAUAGAGAAAUUCUAUUUGAAACCCAAGAAAAUCUUCAACAUUCCCGAUCAACCAAAUACUUAUGUAGAAGUUGAUAUGGGAGAGGAAUGGGUUAUUCCCGAAGCUAUGACAUUCACGAAAUCCAAAUGGACACCUUUCGCAGGCAGGAAGAUUCGUGGUUCAAUACAUCGUGUUGUUUUGCGUGGCGAGACUGCUUACAUCGAAGGUAAAGUGCUGGUUAAUCCAGGCUAUGGUCAAGAUAUUAGAGAAAUUCAGAGGAAAGUUAGCAUCAUACCGGCGUCCCAUAUCAACUUGCAUCCGUUACAAAAUGAAGUUCUCAGUAGACCUAAUUCCGGUAUGGAGACUGGUAUGGCGUCGCCAAGGAGAACGAGACACGAUACGAGUACUGAAGAUGAUAUUAUACCUUAUUUACCGAUCGUUAAUCACGGUUUAAGUGGCCACCACAUUCUGUCAGUAGACAUGUUCAAGAAGGAACAGUUGAAAGAUAUUUUUGACGUUGCUCAUGAUUUUCGUAGAAGUAUAAUUGCUGAUAGGUCUCUUGACCACAUUCUCAGGGGAAAAGUAAUGGCUUCGAUGUUCUACGAAAAUAGUACGAGAACGUCAUGCAGUUUUGAUACAGCGAUGCAAAGAUUAGGUGGUCGAGUUGUCCAUAUGGAUGUGUCUAAGUCGUCUGUUGCUAAGGGAGAGACUCUUGAAGAUUCCGUAGCUAUUAUGACCGGUUACGCAGAUGUUGUUGUUCUUCGUCAUCCAGAACGCGGUGCAGUCAAUAGAGCUGCAAUGCGUACUCGCAAACCACUGAUAAAUGCCGGCGACGGUACAGGAGAACAUCCCACUCAAGCUCUACUCGACAUUUUCACCAUUCGAGAAGAAAUGGGUACCGUUAGAGGAUUAACCAUCACGAUGGUCGGUGAUCUCAAGAACGGCAGAACCGUACAUUCCUUAGCAAGGUUAUUGGCAUUGUACGAGAACGUACAGCUGCGCUACGUCAGCCCAACGAACUUGGGAAUGCCAAAGGAAGUGAUGGACUACGUGGCGCGUAAGGGCAUUCCACAAGAGACUUACAGCAGACUUGAGGAUGUACUUGGUGAGACUGACAUUCUCUACAUGACCCGCAUCCAAAAGGAACGAUUCUCAUCCGAAGAGGAGUACAACAAAGCGUGUGGCCAAUUCGUGGUAACACCACAAUUGAUGACACGCGCCAAGAACAGGAUGCGUGUAAUGCAUCCACUCCCAAGAGUCUUUGAGAUCAGCACAGAGUUUGACAAUGAUCCACGAGCUGCUUACUUCCGCCAAGCUGAGAAUGGUGUCUACGUGCGUAUGGCUCUGUUAGCUAUGGUUCUCGGACGUGUGUGAAAAGAAAAAUAAGGACGAAUUAUCGGCAUUCCAAGCUAAUUUCCAUUAUCACAGCUGGAAAUUCAUUGUUUCAAUUGAAUUUAUUGUUGGACUUGAUUUAUUAUGUGUAUGUUUUUAUUAUAUAUAUAUAUAUUGGUCUCAUGUAAAUCUGAAAAAUAAUUUUCUUUCUAUCGAAGAGAUUACACAAAUAUCAAUUGGCUGGAGAUAAGAUGUUAACGUCAGCUGUUAGAUGUUUAGGUACAAGGAAUUUCCAGUCGUGCUUAUUUGAAGUUAUUAUUUUUAUUUUGAAGUGAAAGUUGAGCAUAAUAUUUGCAUUUCAAUUUUUUUCCUAUUGUUUUUUUUAAUUUUUAAUUUUUAGAAAAUCUUUUAAUAGUUAUUCUUGUUCAACGUUGUCCAAUUUUUUUCUUCCUUUUUUGUAAUCAUGUAAUAUAUCAGCUGAGCUGGUAGAUGAAAAUAUAUUUACCCACCAAGUUAACAUCCUCGUGUGUGUACGUGUUUAAAAUUUUAUAUCGUCAUACUAAGUAUCAGCGAUAAAAAACAUUGCUUAUAUAGGGUUUUUAACUUACCUAAAUAACACUGUCAAUCAUGAUAAACAGUGUUUUUUUAUCAUUGUGA